AUGCUGGAGAGUACGAGGGUGGUAGACGCCACGCAGCUUUCGGGCAAGUUGUCCAGUCAGACGCCAUCCCAGACACACGAUGUACAUCUGAACAAUCCGGCGCAGGUUGAACGCCGGGCAAGGCAGACAACGGAUUACGAGAUCCAUCCCCACGUUGGAUCUCUACUUGGUAACAGCGGGAGUGGUUUAGCAAUGGCGUCUUCCAAGGAAAUACAACAAACCACGCGGCCGCUCUCGCACCGCCCGUCGAUCUCGUCGACCUCCGUGCCGGGUGGACUCACGCUUAGCCGACAAUCACACUCCCGGAAUAACUCGCAUUCGCUCCUCGGAAGCGCCCUCAAUGGCUCCCACCGCAUCACACGCCGCAAGAGCAUGACAAACACGGGCGCCAACGUAGCAGCGGUGGCCGCGGCUCUUCAGGAAUCUGGAGACAUGGCAAUGCCACUCCCAAUCGCAGUCGGCUCCCGCCGAAACACCAUGUCCAAGAGUGGUGUCUCGCGGUCAGCCGUGGUGGGAAGCCUCCCGUCACCGCCGGCGAGUCUCCCGACCCAUAGAUUUGCGACGGGACAUGGAUUAGCCAACGCGCAGGAGAGUGCAAUCGACGACGAUAUGAACGAAAUAUCUGGGGACGAGGCUGAAUCGGCCUUUCAGAAGGCUCGCACAAGGAGGGCGAGUGACGGCCAGCCCCUAGCGAAGGAAGGUGGCCGGAAGAUCAACCGGCCAGAUCUCCGCUGCGAGAAGUGCGGAAAGGGAUACAAGCAUAGCAGCUGCUUGAACAAGCAUUUGUGGGAGCACACUCCCGAAUGGUCCUACACUUCCAAGCUCUUGAUUUCCAAGCAUCAGCAAGUCCAGCUUUUGGAGGCCGCCUCAGUCCUGGUGGCCAUGAACAACACACCGACGGCUACCGCCGCGCCCGCCUCCACCACCACACCCCCAGACUCUGCGCGGGACUUUAUCAGCGAUCGAGACUCUGCGUCCCCUGCUGCGAGCGGAUACUCGGAACAGCCAGAUCGCGGAUCCGCCGACACUACGCCGCCGCCGCAGCUGGACCCCUUCCAGGCAGCGAACGCGUCCUACAGGAGUUUCGGCAAGAGGUAUAGUAGCGGGAACGGCCUGUCCCGGUCUUACCAGACCGCACCGUAUGGCAGCUCGAUGGCCGACAGCGUCCCGAGCGUGUCUGGUUUUGGGCAUUUCCGGCAGCUUAGCCAGGACCAGAGGCCCACAUCGUCGGGGAGGAACGCCACGGGCCAGGACGACCGCGAGCUUGCCGCCGCCGUGGAACUGCUUAGUUGCAGCUUCAACAGCAACGGCGGUGGCUCGCGGACAGUCCACCUCCCCGCCGACGCGCCGCCGGUGCCGCCGCUUCCAGCCCAGUACCUCGACCAGGGGAUGUUGUCGGGCACGAGCUUCAUCAACAGCUACCCUAGCAGGGCGCCGGAGAGCUUCACGCGCGGCGAGAUGCGGAGGGUCGACGCAAAGAUGGAGGUGGAGGAGAGCGGCGAGAGUAUCAUGGACGAUGACGACGAGGACCUGCGGUCUCGAGCUCGGAGCGACGAGGACGACGACGGAGUGUUCGGAAGGAUGGAGGAAUGA